GUUGGAGUUGGGGUACCCACUUUUUGGUGUACACACUUUUAGAAACUUUGACAAACUGAAACUCCAUGUAGGCUUUUUUUGUCCAGACAAAACGUAUUUUGAGUGUUCCAAGAAUAUUUUUGAACUGAAUAAUUAGUUUUCACGGGGUACAUCAGACACAAAUGAUUAGUUUGAUUUUUGUGUUGAAAUAAUAGUAAUCUGCGAAAAAGAAAGUUUAGAAACACUUUUUGAAAGAUAUAUUUUUCCAUCUGUUUACCCUAUGCCAAGUGUUUUUCAUUGUAUAGUACAGCACACUUUUUGUGAAAUUGAAAACCAACAAAUUAACUGGGAAAUAUGUAAACUUAGAUGUCAUUUGUUAAGUUCUAAAAUUGUGCUAACACUCAUAACAUGCUUUUGACUUUGGUUUGUGUGCUGCUGUCACAGUUCAAGUGCUUAAUACAAUAUCUGCAAAGCUAGGGAACGCGUUUCCAAAUGUUGCUCAGACAUCUUGCAUUAACGGUUCUAUUGUGAACAGCUGUAUUGCUGAUAGUAUGUAUGAUAAGGUCAAGCGUAUAGAUUGCGAUUGCAAUUUCAAUAGCAAUACAGUCUGCCAUGUUACAGACAUUUUGUUGAAAAAUCUUAAUCUUCAGGGAGUUCUUCCCCCAGAGUUCGUGAAUCUUACCGCUCUCCGCCAAAUAGAUCUGGCUCUCAAUUACAUCAAUGGAACAAUUCCCUCUACCUUCGGCCAAUUCCGCAAUCUCACAAUUUUGUCACUUUCGGGAAACCGCAUAAGUGGGAAGAUACCCAGAGAGAUAGGUGACAUAACUACAUUGGAGGAGCUAGUUUUGGAAGAUAAUGAGAUUGGAGGAUCUCUUGAUAAAAAACUUGGAAAUUUGGGCAGCUUAAAGAGACUCCUUCUAUCUGCAAACAAUAUCAGUGGAAGUAUACCAGAAUCUUUUGGCAAUUUUAAGAACUUGAUAGAUUUUAGGAUCGAUGGGAAUCCAAUAUCUGGUAAUUUUCCUUAUUUUAUUGGCAACUGGACGAACCUAACUACUUUGUACAUGCAAGGAACAUUGCUAGGGGGGGCAAUACCUCAGAAUAUAUCCUUGUUGAAAAACCUACAAAUAUUGCAAAUUUAUGGUUUAAGAGGACAAAGCAGGAAAUUCCCAAACUUGCAGGGCAUAGCAAACAUUAAAACAUUAGUUUUGAGGAAUUGCUCGAUUGUUGGUCGAAUACCAGAAUACAUUGGAGAUAUGGUCCAGUUAAAAACUUUAGAUCUUAGUUACAACAUGUUGACUGGUACAAUCCCAGAAGUUACAGAAAAAAGACUUAAAAAUGUGCUUCUGGCGCAUAACAUGUUAAGUGGAGUGAUCCCCAGAUGGAUGUGUGACAGCAUGUAUUCCAUUGAUUUAUCCUGCAACAAUUUAACAGAGUCAUCUGCAAGCGGGUGUCUGUCCUCCAAAAUGAACUUAGUUUCUAGCUAUUCAGUUGUGAAGAGAGACUCUGGUGAUUGGUGUUCAAAAAAGGAACUCCCUUGCCAAGGAGGAGCACGGUAUCAUUCCCUCUAUAUAAAUUGUGGAGGGCCAAAAACCUUCCAUGGUGAAACAUAUGAGGAUGACUUAAUGGCAGGAGGCUCGUCUUCCUUCUUUGCAUCAGAUAGAUGGGGUUUCAGCAGCUCAGGAGUGUUCAUCACAAAGGAUAACACCAAAUAUAUUGCAACAAACAUGUUUUCAUACACGGGCAUUGCUGAUAUUUACAAAACAGCUCGGCUUGCUCCCUUUUCACUCAAGUAUUACGGGUUUUGCAUGCAACAAGGGAGUUAUAAAGUGCGCCUUCACUUUGCUGAAAUAAUGUUUUCUAAUGACUCCACAUAUAAAAGUCUUGGGAGGCGAUUAUUUGAUGUAUCAAUCCAAGGGAAUGUAGUAUUGACAGACUUUAACAUUGUGGAGGAAGCAAAGGGUCCUGGGAUUGGUAUAUAUAAAGAUUUUGACAAUGUUCUUGUCAAUGGUAGCAGCCUAGAGAUACACUUAUAUUGGACUGGAAAGGGAACGAACGCUAUUCCUAUGAGAAGUGUAUAUGGACCUUUGAUUUCUGCCAUUACAGUCACUCCAAAGUUCAAGAUCAAGAAAAGUUUAAGUGUUGGAGCAAUAGCUGGCAUCAUCAUUUCUUGUUUUGUGUUCCUCCUGUUAAUCAUAUUUGUUCUGAGGAUGAGAGGGUAUUUGGGGGGGAAAGUUGAAGAAGGCAAUGGAUUGAGAACACUUGAUCUGCAGACAGGUUAUUUCACUCUAAGACAGGUCAAGGCUGCCACAGAUAACUUUGACCAGGCUAAUAAAAUUGGAGAAGGAGGAUUUGGUCCCGUAUACAAGGGUAUUCUUUCGGAUGGUGGAGUUGUUGCUAUCAAGCAACUCUCUUCCAAGUCAAAACAAGGAAACAAGGAGUUCCUCAAUGAAAUAGGAAUGAUAACAGCUUUGCAACAUCCAAACCUAGUGAAACUUUAUGGCUGUUGCAUAGAAGGAAACCAAUUAUUGCUAGUAUAUGAAUACAUGGAAAACAACUCUCUUUCUCGAGCCCUUUUUGGACGCGAGGAUCAGAGGUUGAGACUAGACUGGGAAACUAGGAAGAAAAUAUGCAUAGGAAUAGCUAAGGGGUUGGCAUACCUUCAUGAGGAAUCGAGGUUGAAGAUCGUCCAUCGAGAUAUCAAGGCCUCCAAUGUGCUACUUGAUAAAGAUCUAAGUGCUAAAAUUUCAGACUUUGGUUUGGCUAGGCUUGAUGAAGAAGAGAAUACCCACAUUAGCACGCGAGUUGCUGGAACAAUAGGUUAUAUGGCUCCAGAAUACGCAAUGAGGGGGUAUUUGACAGACAAAGCAGAUGUUUACAGCUUCGGAAUAGUUUUAUUGGAGAUUGUUAGUGGAAAAAGUAACACGAAUUACAGACCAAAAGAGGAGUUUGUGUAUCUUCUUGAUUGGGGCUAUGUCCUAGAAGAACAAGGAAAUCUGUUGGAUAUUGUGGAUGAAAGCCUGGGUUCAACCUAUUCUGAAAAAGAAGCACUGACGAUGCUAAAGUUGGCUCUAUUAUGUGCCAAUCCAUCACCAACUCUCAGGCCAUCCAUGUCUUCAGUGGUUAAGAUGCUAGAUGGGAAGAUGGAAGUGCAGGUUCCAGCUGCAAUUAUGUCUGCAAGGUCAAAUGGUGAUCCUAGAUUUAAAGCCUUGGAAAAACUAUCCCAUGACAGCCACACUAGUACUUCAUCCACAACGGGAAGUUGCAGAGAUAGUACUUUUCAGUCAAAUGGUGAUCCUAGGUUUAAAGCCUUGGAGAAACUAUCCCAUGACAGCCACACUAGUACUUCAUCCACUACUAGCAAGUUGCAGAGAAGCGUUUCACUCGGAGCCCAGUGGACAGUUUCUUCACAUUCUUUCAGCACAAAGGAAGAAACCCAAGAUAUUCCCCUCUACUACUAAACUGUUCUCCGAUCUCUACGACAUCAACAUGUAAAAGCAUGAAUAUCAUCUGUGUUUAGUCUCCUCAGCUAGUAAUAAUAAGUCAAUAACUAUGUAGAUUCAAGUUCACAUUUUCUUUCUUUUUUCCUAUUUGUUGAAUUGCAAAAAACUUGAGAUUGGUUGUAUUAUAGGAUAGAAAAAAACUUGGGCUCCUAUCAAAUGCACUAUGAAUGUCCAAUUUAUACAAGCUCUAUCAAACCCCUUAAGUAGUCCAAUUUUUCGAAGUCUUUGUAGCAAAAGUUUUAAAUCUAACGAAAACCCGGGGAUCUAGGGAAUAAAUCUAACUCCCCAUAAUAAUAUGAGUAAUUACUAGUUUCCUGACUUCCUCUACUCUGCUGUGAAACAGUAUUUGAAUCUUCAAUAUGCUCAUUUUCAUCUGGUUGAAUCUUCCUUUGCUGCAAAACAGUUGUUGAAUUUUCAACAUUCUCGUUUUCAAUCGGUUGACUUUUUCUCUACUGCAAAACAGUGAUUGAAUCUUCAAUAUGCCCAUUUCCAAUUCGUUGACUUUUUAUCUCCUGCAAAAUAGUGAUUGAAUCUUCAAUAUGCUCAUGUUCAAUUGGUUGAUUUUUUGGAACUGCAUAUUCCUCAAAUCCGAAAAGUGGCUUGCCAAUGACAUCACUAAUGUCUGCGGCUUCUCUUGAGUGCCUCUCCAAAAUUGAAGACCUCUUGUCUCGUUUUCGUUUCAAUCGACAUAGAACAUAGUCCUUGAAUGGUGCCUACAUUCAGAAAGGCGUGAUGGACUAAAAGUUAGUUUAAAUUCAAAAAAUCUGGACAGAAGUAGGGGUAGAUCCGGUCCUGAUAGUUCGUAGGAGAAGCCCGGGUUCAACCCAGUUAAUUCUCGAUACCCAGGCAGUCGGACCCGGCCCUGUUCUAUUCUUUUUCAUU